AGUGGGUUUGUGACGUCACCCGGAAUCUUCAGCGAGACCAUCUGGGUGGGACAUGGACCAACAGCACGAGGAUCAGGACGUCUUUGACGCCAACAUACCGGAGGAGGGUCCGACAGCGCCCCCCCCAGGCUGGCUGGAGGACAUCGCUGGAUAUCAGGGACACAAAGGAGAUGCCGAUGACCCCGUGUACCCGCCCCCUCCAGCUUAUACCCCCCAGCCCCAAGAGGACAGGAGCACAGCGGUGCCUGAUGUCAGGGUUCCUUCGGUCUCGGAGGACGUGGCCCGAGAUGCCCUGCUCAGAUUUGUCCAGUCCAAAUGGACCUACAGCUCCAAGCCGGCCCGCAACCUGACCUUCAAAGAACUCCGACCUGUCACCGUCUACCGGUACCGACUGGAGACCUACACCGAGACCAGAACCAGCGCUUGGCACUUUGAACCCUACAAGGGACAGACAGUAGACGGGCCUCAGUACGGAAUGAGUCCUCCUCCGUGGGAUGUUCCCGUCACCAUGCCUCAGAGAUUCACCGACACGGUGGAGAAAACUCGAGUCCCGCACUCGUCCUUCAUCAAGUUGUGUCACAAGUGCAGCGGCUGCGGACGGACUCGCUGCAUGGCGUGUCACGGCAGAGGCACGAAACGGUGCACGUUCUGCCACGGUAGCGGGCGCGCGCACAAAAAGCGCUGCACUUCCUGUCACGGCCGAGGACGCAAAAGGUGCAUUUCCUGUCACGGGCACGGCUACAAGACGUGCAGUGUGUGUAAUGGCUGCCAGAACCUUCUUCAUUUCAUCCAACUAACAGUGACAUGGAAGAACAACGUUGCGGAUUUCAUUCCUGAUCGCCAACCUGACUUCCCGGACAAAAAGUUUGAGAAGGUGACAGGCGACCCCUUCUUUGUGGACGAGAGUUUGCUGGUUUAUCCCAUCCAAGGCUUUCCCGAUCAGGAGAUCUGCGACGUUUCCCGCCAGCUGAUAAACGACCACCUGAGUCGCUUCAGUGCCACAUGUCGCAUUCUGCAGCAGCGCCAGACGGUGGAGCUGGUUCCGCUAACGCACGCGUUCUGCUCGUACAGCGGCAAGGACUUCAGCUUCUUUGUGUACGGCGUGGAGAACAAAGUGUUCACCUCCAAGUAUCCGUCCGCCUGCGCCAUUUUGUAGGAUGACGUGCACAGUAUGUGUGCAGGUGAAGCAGAAAUGCCCAAUUUGUCAAAAGUUGAAAUGUAAAAAUGUCGAAACUGUAGCGUUAAUGACAAAGACCUCCAGCAGGGGGCGCCAUGUACCUCUAACAACUGUGUAUUUUAUAUGUGAGAAUGUAAUCUUAUGUAGUGGAUCAGUCAAUAGUGUGACGUCAUCACACUACUAUGCAUCACAGCUCCACGAAGAUAUAAAUGUACUGUAUAUGUAAACUUUAUGAAAUGUAUAUUUAUAUACUGUAUAUACACACUCUUUUAUUAAAAUGUUAA